GUCAUCGUGGAAGUAGCACCAUAUUGGUCUAGAUACGUUCAAGUCGAGUUACAUACAAGGCACCGUGCAAAUUAUGCCCCGAACUUCUGCUUCUCUUAUUCCCUCAGCACCUGGACCGUCGACUCCACUCACAAACUCGUAUACUUAUCAUUCUUCAACACCUACAGCACCGGGACCAUAUAUCCUUGGUGUUGAUGAAGCCGGUCGUGGGCCUGUACUUGGCCCGCUUGUUUACGGUGUUGCGUACUGCCCUGUAUCUUGGAAGACCGACUUAGAGCAGCUGGGCUUUGCUGACUCAAAAACACUCACUCCGGAAAAGCGAGCCCAAUUGUUAGGUGUACUUAACUCUGAACCCCAGAAUCUCGGAUGGUCUGUCCGAGUCAUCAGCCCACAAGCUGUAUCAGCUGGGAUGUUGAGGAUCCCGCCAACAAAUCUUAACAAGCAAUCCCAAGAUGCAACCGUAUUGCUCAUACGCGACGCUCUUCAGCGUGGACUCCAGUUGUCUGAGGUAUACGUGGACGCACUUGGAAACACAACUACUUAUGAAGCGUAUCUUUCCUCACAAUUCCCGGGCAUCAAUUUCACCGUGACAACGAAAGCAGACUCAAAAUUCAAGAUUGUAGGAGCAGCCAGUGUGGCGGCAAAGGUGACAAGGGAUGCAUGCGUCGAUGGGUGGACCUUCGAAGAACUAAUUGAAGAAGACGAAAAUGCAGCAAGGAACGCUCGGAAUGAAAACUGGAACAGAGAAUUCGGAAGUGGCUAUCCAUCAGAUCCAAAGACUCAAAUUUGGGUAAAGAACUCACUCGACCCUACUUUCGGUUUUCCGUCGAUAGUCCGGUUUUCGUGGACGACUGUAAAAGUCAUACUGGAGAAAUCUGCUCACCCUGUAAAAUGGAUUGACGAGGGACAAGAGUCAUUAAUGAAGGCAUUCGAGGGCGGGAAGGGGAGAGAGAAAGACCGGUGCAUUGUCACCAAGGACCUUGGAAUUCAGAGUAUCGGAAUGCUAUAAAAGCGCUUUGUAUAGCAUGACACCACAUUACUACAUCCCUUCUUCCCAACCUCCCGCGGCCAGUUUUGUUGUUUUUCCGACGACAAUAACUGAUUCGAAUUCUGGAAGCAAUGUUCGCUCGGUCACCAGCCAACCUCGCC